UGAGUCCAAUCCUUCACGAUGAGUAAGGGACCUGCACCCAGCGAGACGCUCUUCGUGAGUGGCCUGCCCGUUGAUUGCUCCAGCGAGCAAGCCAAAAAGGCCUUCAGCCAAUACGGAACUGUGACAGAUGCCACUGUCCUUCCGGUGUUGCCUGGCAAGAACGCUGCAGCCAGCUUCGUUGUCAUGGAGACGGUUGACCAAGCGCAAUGGGUUGUUGACAAUUUAAACGGAAAUAUCCCAGAUGGCUUUUCCACUCCAGUAACUGUAGUGUUUGCAACUCCUCGUUCUGAGCGAGCCCCUGGCAAGGGCAGCAUGAAAGGGAUGAAGGGCAUGCAAGGCAUGAUGAACUUCAUGAACAUGAUGAUGGGCAGUUGGGGCGGUGGUGGCAAGGGAUGGGGUCAACCAUACUACGGUUAUGGCGGCCACGACUGGGGUGGUGGCAAAGGAAAGGGAAAGGCUAUGGGAAAAGGCGGCAUGAUGGCAUACUAGACGCAGAUGUGAACGUGUAGACUCAAAAUGGUCGUCAGAAUCUCAGGCAGCUAACGUCUUUGCCCAUGGUCCGCUCACCACGGUUGGGCAAUUCUCAUGAAACCCUAGGUGCCUGGUGAUGCAGUCUUCGGGAAUCUGGAUCGGUGCUUAAUUAUGCGCCCUUCGAAUUAAUGUGAAAUGUACCGGGCAGAUGUAAUGUGAGCAUUCGAUGCCCUAGUAUGAGAUCGUUGAGCGUGUGGCAUCGUCAGAAAAGACUCUCAGCUGUUGGAAUCAGUUUGGGAGAUCAGGGGUUCAAGGCGACUGGUGUACUAGUGUUGGAUACAGACAGAAUGUGAUUGAUUGCAUCCUUUUGCGUGAUCUCACUAUCGCGUAGUCUGAAUGUGCCUUGCAGGUUAGUCACCACAGCCAUAGAAUUGCCUCAAAACCAUAGCUGCUUUGACUACAUGGCAAAGCUCAUGCCAUUUAACAGGACACGAUUUGAUUUCCAUAGAAAGUAUGUGACACAACAAGCUUUGGAUGAUUGAGCAGGAC